UGCACACUCGAGGCAAUGGUGGUGAUGUGGCGGACAGGACUGAGCCCUUAUUGGCUGUGGUGAGGAACGGUGGGCGGAGACUCUGACAAUGAAUGUGCUGAGGACACAUGUUUACAAUGAUGGGCAGAGAGGAAGUAUGGAGCUGCACUGGAUCACUGAGAGUUUUUUGAAUUAAGUCACCAAAUUCAAGAGUUCUUUUUUUAAAUUAUUCCUCAGAAGAUGAUGCAGACGGACAAGGAAGCUCCCUGAGAAAGUCCCCGCAAAAGGACACUUAUCAUGCACGUUGACCUGUGGUCAGUGUCCCGGGAGAAUAAUGCAAAAGACAUCGAAAAUGAGUUCUCACAAAAACCUAUAGAAUUUGUUCCUGGUCAUUCUUUUGCACCAAGUGCAGCAAACUCUCUCUGUUCCCCGACAAACUGAAAAAGCUGCACCAGUGAUUACAGGAACCGACAACACACACACACACACACUCCCCAGGGAUGACCAGUACUCAGCUGCUGGAAACUCCUCCAGAAGAGCUUGUCUUCGGUGCCCAGCAUUCCCGCGGGAUGGCGUCCGACGUGUCCGCUGUGCCCCGCAGCGUCCUGGGACCCUCAACGCCCCCCACAGCUGUCUGGCCCCCUCUGGACUUUGCCCUGGGUGCUCUGGCCUGCUGUGCUGCCUGCGUGUUCACCAAUCCCCUGGAGGUGAUAAAGACCCGUCUGCAGCUUCAGGGAGAGCUGCGUGCACGGGGGUCCUACCAGAGACACUACCGGGGGGUCCUGCAGGCACUGUGGGUGGUGGGUCGCACCGACGGGCUCCGGGGCCUGCAGAAGGGCCUCUCCGUGGGCCUGAUGUACCAGGGGGUGAUGAACGGGGUGAGGCUGGGCUCCUACUCCUACUGCGAAGCUCUGGGCAUCACCUCGUUCCACGGGGGCAGCCUGCUGUCAGGAGCCGGGGCCGGAGCGGUGGGUGCCUUCAUCGCCUCUCCUGCAUACCUGGUGAAGACCCACCUGCAGGCCCAGACCGUGGAAGCCAUAGCUGUAGGCCACCAGCAUAACCACCUGGGAGUCUUUGAUGCCUUUGUUACCAUCUAUAGAAGAGACGGUGUGAUUGGCCUCUGGAGGGGAGUGAACGGGGCCGUGCCUCGAGUCAUGGUGGGAUCAGCUGCUCAACUGGCAACCUUCACAUCGGCGAAGGAAUGGGUGUCACAUACCCAGUGGUUCAGUCCAAACAGCUGGCUCAUAGCUUUGAUAGCAGCCACGAUCAGCGGAGUCGCCGUGGCGAUCAGCAUGACCCCGUUCGACGUCAUUAGUACGCGGCUCUACAAUCAGCCUGUGGACGAGUUUCGCAGGGGGCGACUGUAUCAGGGAUUUUCAGACUGUAUGCUGAAGGUGUGCCAAUCCGAGGGCGUGCUGGGGUUUUAUAAAGGCAUGGGCCCUGUCUUCCUGCGCUUGGCCCCACACACUAUGCUCAGCAUGCUGUUCUGGGAUAUGAUGAGGCAACACAGCCUAAAGGACAACCAGAGCAAGGAGAUAAAACCUCCCAAUCAUCUGGCACAUGAUUGACUGGAAUGUGUGCAAAUUUAAAGCUAAUGUUUGACAUUUUGAUAAAGGUGCUUCAUUGUAUUGCUCUAUAGAAAAUAAGCAUAUUUCCCAAAAUGUCGAACUGUUGCUUUAAGUGAGAAUCACUCAAAUGUUGCACAAACAUUUUUCUCUGCUGUUUAAAGGGAUGAUGUCACUUUCAUGGGCUUUGUCUGCAGUGACAAAGUGAGGGAAGUGAGACCCGUGUGCUUGUGUGGAGUCCCGAUGAGAUCAAGAAAAAGGUGUACUAUCAAACAUAAGCUUUGUGUUGUUUAGAGCCCAGUAUGGCCGCGGUCGCAAGUUAACACAUCAUUCUAGAUGCCUUGUAUGUUAAAUGUAAAGGAAAGAUUCUGUUUUUAUUCACAUUUUGAAAUUGAGGUUUUAUCUACAGAAAUUUUACCUACAGGGACGUCAACCAUAUGAACAUCAACGUAUGAUGAUGACAAUAAUAAUAAUAAAGAGUUUCUUUUUGUAUGAAAAGCAUAAA